AAACCAUUCAAUAAUUUACUCUACAAUAGUUGUUGAGCUAUCCCUGUAGACGCCGUUAUUAUCUAGGAUAUGGCAACAUCCAAUCUGCCUAACGAUAAGGAUGACACGUUAAAUCCUGAUCUCUCCUUCUUCUCUAUUUGCCAUCUGUGAAAAAUUGACAAUUGGAUUAGGUAAAAAUGAUGUAAAAAAACCUUUUGUCAAAAUCAUGUGGAAGUGGAAUUCGAUGUUCCACUGACAGCGAGUGAUAAAAAUUGAUCAAAUCAUCAAUACACAAUCAUUCCCAUUGUUUCGUGUGUAUUUCACAAUAAUGAGUGCUGAAAAAUGGAUGUGUUAGGUGCUAUAAAAAAUUUCAAUACAGACUUAGGAGUAAUUAGUGAAACAUCAUGGAUUGGGAAUUUGUUUAUGUAUUUACAAGAAACCUAUGAGGUGUUUUAUGUAUCACUGCUGGGAUUAGUAUUUGUUAUAAUCAGUAUCACAGUUUUUUGUAUAAGAAAAUGCACAAAAAAAGUAUUCAAUCAAAAAGAGGAAACAACACAAGACCAGAUUACAAGGUUCCGAAAAAGAGAUAAGGCCCUAUUUUAUGGCAGGAAAAUGAUACGAAAGGUGAAAAACAUCUCGGGACAAGUGAGAAACUCAGGGCAAGGCAAAAAACGCAAAUUGGUGAUGAAGUUCGCUAGGAGAAUCCUCCAACUGAAAAAAGACACGGAUCAAGAGCAACUGAAAGUUCUUGAACCCCCGGCUGAGUAUUUGCAAGAAGACAUGCUCAAUGAUGAGCGUAUGCCUCCAGAUGCGUUGUAUAUGCUGCAGAGCAUACGGGUAUUCGGGCAUUUUGAAAAACCGAUUUUUUUGAAACUCUGCAAACACACAGAGAUCAUCAAUGUACACUCUGGAUCGUAUUUGUUCAGGAUAGGGGAUCCUGAUGAAAACGUUUAUAUUGUUCAAAGUGGAAAGCUGAAUGUAUUUAUUACUAGUCAAGAAGGUACUACUACUUUGAAAAUUGUUAAACCCGGAGAAUCUGUCACAUCUUUGCUCAGUUUCACGGAUGUUCUGACUGGUCAGACAAAUCCCUACAAGACAGUGUCGGCAAAAGCCCUAGAAGAUUCUACAGUGGUAAAGUUACCGAUGAUGGCAUUUCAGGAAAUUUUUGAAGAGUACCCUGAUAUUUUCAUAAGGGUACUACAGGUUAUUAUGGUGAGGUUGCAAAGAGUGACUUUCACGGCUCUGCAUCAGUACUUAGGCUUAAGCGCCGAACUUGUGAGACAGCACCCCAAACCAAAAAAUGUAAUGGCAGGUUCUCCCCUAAAAAGAAAACGCGACGAUGGUUCAUCAGCUGAAACUCCUUUUGCUGCUACUUUACCGAUUCCCGUACCUGGUCACCAAAGAAGGCAUUCGAUGUUGGACGGAAAAUCUUUUUCACCUAGUUAUAAUACACCGCCGUCUGAUGCGCCUGCUGAUGCUGAAAAUCUUAAUACACCUCCCGAUCUGCAGAAAAAAAGACAUUCAUUUCCUGGUCGGAUCGAGGAAGAUGACUUGAUCGAGCUGGCCACAGAGGCAUUUGCAAAAGAGUUGGGUCUUGAGGAUAUUUCUAUUUUGGAGGACAGAGUCGAAAUCCGAGAAGUUUCGGCCGGUACUUAUCUGAUGAAAGAAGAUUCGAAUAAGGAUGCUGCUUUGGCAUAUGUGAUUUCCGGCGCUCUGGUCGUGUCGCAAAGAAUGACUGAGAGCGAAGAAGAAGUCCACAUGUUCACCGCCUAUCAUGGAGAAAUCGUCGGUGGUUUGACGGUCUUGACCGGGGAGCCUAGUUUUUUUACAAUCAGAGCGAAGCAUUUCACUAGGCUGGCGUUGAUUUCGAAAACCACCUUUUACGCGAUCAUGAAAGAAGAACCCCGGGUGGUGCUUUACGUGGCGCAUUUAGUCGUAAAGAGACUCUCUCCCUUUGUCAGACAAGUCGACUUUGCUCUUGACUGGAUUUUCGUAGAAUCCGGCAGAGCGAUUUACCGACAAGACGACGAGAGCGACUCGACUUACAUCGUGUUAUCAGGCCGACUCAGAUCUGUGAUAACGCAUAAAAAUGGCAAGAAAGAGCUUGUUGGGGAGUACGGAAAAGGAGACUUGAUUGGAGUGGUGGAAAUGGUUACGCAGACGAAACGUAGUACGACCGUGAUAGCAGUACGUGAUUCGGAAUUGGCCAAAUUGCCGGAGGGUCUUUUCAACGUGAUCAAACUCAGAUACCCGAUAGUUGUAACUAGGCUUAUUACUUUAUUAGGACAUAGGAUAUUAGGAACAUACAAAAAAGGGACACUAAGUGCGAGCUCGCCGAGUCCUACGGCACUAGACAGCAGACCUUCACAAAUCAACUUUUCCACUAUAGCUGUAGUAGCGGCAUCUGACGACGUACCUCUUACAGCUUUUACCUACGAGCUGUAUCAUAGUUUAAGUGCCAUUGGACAAACUUUAAGACUGACAUCAGAAGUAGUUCGUAAGACACUAGGAACAACAAUAAUCGAUCCGAACAAUGAAUACCGUCUUUCGUCGUGGUUGGCACAACAGGAGGAUCAACAUAAGAUAUCUCUCUACCAGUGCGAUUUGACAGUUACCGCUUGGACUCUGCGAUGCAUAAGGCAAGCGGAUUGUAUCCUGAUAGUAGGUUUAGGCGACAACCAUCCCAGUUUAGGCAAAGUGGAAAAGGAGAUAGAACGAUUGGCGAUAAGGACGCAGAAAGAAUUAGUUCUGCUGCACAGGGAAGGUGGCAAGCCUGAAAACACGAUCGGCUGGUUGAACAUGCGUACGUGGGUGUCGUCGCAUCACCACAUCUUGUGUCCCAAUAGACUGUUCAGCAGGAAAAGUUUGUAUAGGAUUAACGAAUUGUAUUCGAAAGUGUGCUCCCAAGAACCAAACAUUCACACGGAUUUUUCGCGUCUCGCUAGGUGGUUGACGGGAAAAUCUGUUGGGCUGGUCCUUGGCGGAGGAGGUGCUAGAGGGUCUGCACAUGUCGGCAUGAUCAAAGCUAUUCAGGAAUCUGGUAUACCUAUAGAUAUGGUAGGCGGUGUCAGUAUAGGUGCUUUUAUGGGCGCUUUGUGGGCCCAGGAGCGCAACGUGACCACCGUCACACAGAAAGCUAGGGAGUGGAGCAAGAAAAUGACACAGUGGUGGCGUCAAAUCCUCGAUUUGACCUAUCCGAUGACCUCGAUGUUCAGCGGCCGCGAAUUCAAUCAAACGAUUCGCGCCACUUUCGCUGAUACUUACAUCGAGGACCUCUGGUUGCCGUAUUUCACUGUCACGACCGAUAUUACCUCUUCUUGUAUGAGAAUUCAUACUCAUGGCUCUCUAUGGCGAUACGUGAGGUCGUCGAUGUCUCUGAGCGGGUACAUGCCGCCGCUAUGCGACCCCCAUGACGGACAUCUGCUGCUAGAUGGCGGAUACGUUAACAAUCUGCCAGGUCAAUUAUGGCGAUAUGUGCGGGCGAGUAUGUCUAUCGUGGGCAUCUUUCCUCCCAUUUGCGACCCGAACGAUGGACAUUUGUUGGCUGAUGGCUGUUAUGUCAAUAACGUGCCAGCUGACGUCAUGCGGAGUCUAGGUGCAAACCACAUCCUCGCCGUGGACGUGGGCUCUGUCGACGACCAAGAUUUGACCAAUUACGGCGACGAUUUAUCCGGCUGGUGGCUACUGUGGAAACGAUGGAACCCGUUUGCUUCACCUGUCAAGGUUCCCAACCUGCCUGACAUCCAGUCUCGGUUGGCGUACGUCAGUUGCGUGAGGCAGCUAGAGGAAGUGAAAAACAGCGACUAUUGCGAGUACAUCCGUCCGCCCAUCGACCAAUACAAAACGCUACAAUUCGGGGCGUUCGACGAGAUCCGUGAAGUGGGCUACAGGCACGCGAAGGCUUACUUCGAGGGCCAAACGAGGGCCGGAAUUCUGCCCUUGUUCAGGUACAACGUCACGCAGGGUGAUGCAGAACAGGACAGGCACAAAGCGCAACACUCGCUGGGCAGUUAUACGUUCACCGAUUUGGCGCAGAUGGUCUGCAAAGUGUCAAGGCCGUAUGAAGAAGAAGAUUCCACCUCGAGCUCUUCUGAUGAAGACGAACGAGGAGGUUAUGCGUCAGAACCUACUGUUGGAGUAUCCGAUUAUUCAAGGCAAAUGAGUUGGCAUGGAACCCUACCUACACCUUCACCUUAGGAAAACGAACAGUCACUUAAAAUAACAAGGAAAUCCUACGGAGGCAAGGCGGAUCAUUAUCACUGUCAGAGAACGAGAUGGAGUCCGACGUAGACUUUGAACUGAGUAAGAGCCAAUUCGAAAAAAGAAGAGCAAGUGGAGUUGGCAGUAAUUAGGGAAAUAUUUUGAAUGUCGUUUUAUCGAAUGUAGGAAAAAUGUGCUGUUUCCAUUUGAUUUGUGUUACUAGGCGUAUUUUAUAUUUCAAUUUAUACAGUAAUAUAAAGCAGAUCUCUGUAUAUAUUUUUUCUAUAUUUAAAUAUAUGGUAAAUACAGAAAAA